AUUGUUGAAGACUAUGCUGGAAGAUGGCAGGUACCUUUGCCUCAGCUUCAGGUGCUUCAGACAGCUCUUUGUUGUUUCACGUCUGCCUGUGUAUCAUUUCCAGCUGAAUGUGAGCACGUACAAUAUGUCUUGAGUAGCCUAGCUUUGAGUUUUUUUGAAUUGCUGCUCUUCUUUGGAAAAGAUGAGUUCUAUGAAGAUCCUUUAAAAGAUAUCCUAGGUUCAAUCCAGGAAUGCCAGAACCUCCUCAGCAGAUACGCAAAUGUGAAUCUGGAAUUAGUGACUCGAAUCAUCCGAGACGGAGGGCCCUGGGAAGAUCCAGUAUUACAAGCUGUUCUUAAAGCAAAGCCUGUAUCUCAGGAGUUAGUUAACAAAUAUUUAAGCUCUGAAAAUCCACUAUUCUUUGAACUACGUGCCAGAUAUCUUAUUGCCUGUGAACGCAUCCCAGAGGCAAUGGCUCUUAUCAAAUCUUGCAUAAAUCAUCCAGAAAUCAGUAAAGAUUUGUAUUUCCAUCAAGCUUUUUUCACCUGUCUUUAUAUGUCUCCAGUAGAAGACCAGCUAUUCCAGGAGCAUUUACUGAGGACUGACUGCAAGAGUGGAAUUGAGAUCAUCUGCAACACUGAAAAAGAAGGGAAGACUACCUUUGCCUUACAGCUGUGUGAAUCGUUCCUGGUCCCACAGCUCCAAAAUGGGGACAUGUAUUGUAUCUGGGACCUGAUAUUUAUGUGGAGUAAGCUGCAGCUUAAAUCUAACCCUUCGAAACAAGUAUUUGUUGAUCAGUGCUACCAGCUUUUAAGGAUAGCUACGAAUGUCAGAGUAAUUUUCCCUUUCAUGAAAGUCAUUAAGGAUGAAGUUGGGGAAGAUGGUUUGCAGAUUUGCGUUGAAAUAUGUGGAUGUGCUUUGCAGUUGGACCUUCGUGAAGAUCCAGUCAUGAAAUGUCUCAUAUAUAAAACGAUUGCUCAUUUUUUGCCAAAUGAUUUGGAGAUACUCAGAAUUUGUGCGCUUUCAAUUUUUUUUCUUGAGCGCACCAUAGAAUCAUAUUACACUGUUGAACUUCUAUACAAAUGUGCAGAUGAAGAGUAUAAUGAGCACACUAGUUCGGUUCAAAAUCGCGUACGUUUUGAGUUGCUUCCAAUUUUGAAGAAAGGUUUGUUUUUUGAUCCUGAGUUUUGGAAUUUUUUGAUGAUCAAGCAGAAUUGUUUAUCGCUUUUGGGGGAUAAAGCAUCUGUUGGCUUAGGUGAAAGUACACUGGAAAAUUCUACUGCCACUACAAAGAAGCCGAUGGAACAUCAGGAUUUGAGUGAAGAUCUUGUCUCUUUAGCAGAUCUAAGUAGUGAGGAAUUUGACCCUGAAGACCCCUCUGGAGCCCAAUCCAAAGGUCAUGCAAGAAAGAACCAUGCAGCUUUUGGAUUAUCUAAAAUGGAUCAUAAUGUACCAAGGCAUCGGUGUGCAUUAUGCAAUAGAGAAUUUCUUGGUGGUCAUAUUGUGAGGCAUGCACAGGCUCACCAGAAAAAAGGCAGUUUUUCAUGUGUAAUAUGCUGUAGGAAGUUUCGGCAAAGAGGACUCAUGCUGAAACACUUAAGGAAUCAUGUUAAGAAAAUACAAAGACAGCAUCUUGCUGCUACCCAUCAGGAUGAUCCGGAAACCCCUGCUUUAAAUGAAGUAAAUUGCUCUCAGGCAUCAGUCUCUUUCGAAAAUGGGAAUUCCAAUAGUUCUAAAGAUAAUGAACCAGAGGCUGCAGCAGAUCCCAGUACUGAGAUAGAAGUACAAAACCAUGACCAAGUAUUGGAUGUGGCUGAAAAUGAUGUAUGCAUACAGGAUGAUAUUCUUGAAAAUGGCAGUUGUGACAGCUGUUUAAAUAAUGCUCCUGAGCCUUUAACUAUGGAGACUUUGCCUGAGGGUGGCGAUAGCCCUAGUCAAGAGUCUCCUAUACUUCAUAAGGUAAAUGGAGCUUUAUGCUCUCAAAAAGAUCUGGAUGUUAUGGAUCAAGAAGGUAACUUCAAGUGCCCUGCCAACAGUUGCAUUAGAGUGUUUAAAAAAAUAAGAUUUCUCAAUAAGCAUGCAAGAAAAGCUCACCCAGCUGAUCUUAAGGUACAGCAGCAUAUAAUGAAGUGGAAUAAAGGAAAAUGUCGGUUCUGUCAGAGAAAAUUUGCAGAUUCUCAGCAUUUCAUAGACCAUCUGAAGCGACACGUAUAUCCAAACGUUUACUUUUGUCUACAUUUUAACUGUAAUCAGAGAUUUAAGCUGUCCACAGAGCUUGCAGAGCAUACAAAAAGUCACAAUGUUUUUAAAGCUCAGUGCAAUUUUGCAGAGUGCUGCGAACUUUUUGAAGAGCUUCCUUUGCUGUAUGAACAUGAGGCUCAGCAUUAUUUAAACAAAACACCUGAGUGUACUAAAGUAAAUGAAGAAAGUUCUUCAGAUACUCUAUCAGAGUCAGUUGGUGGUUUCCAAGAAAAAGAUGCAUCUAGUAGCGAAAAAGAAACUGUAGAUUUACCAGUUCCGACCUGGAAGGCAAGGAAAGACUCUACAGAACCAAAGACAUAUAUCCAGAGUAUUGAGAAGAAAACAUACAGUGUAAUUCAGAAUGGGAAUGAAAAUUCAUCUGAUGUUACUGCUACAGUUUUAAGCUUGAUAGACCAAAAGAUGCCUAUAGUACAGCCAAAUUCUGAAAACUGUAAUGUUCGUGACCAACUGGUCAAUGGGCACAGUGAAUUGGAACAGACUUGUUCAACUUCAGCAGGUGCAGCUUUGGACAGAGUGGCAGAUGAAACAAGGACAGAAAAUGGGUCAAUACCAGUUUUACAGAAUUGCAAUGAUAUACCACAAAAUAAUUCUGUUGCAGUAUCUCAGUCACCUUCCAAACCAAAUCAGACAACAGAAAACACUUCAUAUGGCUUAAUUUUGACAAAACCAUACAUUAGACCGUUGCCUCCGAGUUACCUUGAUGAACGAUACAUUAGCAUGCCAAAACGUAGAAAAACUGUAACUGAUAAAGUAGAUGCCCAUUCUGAGCAAGAUAAAGCUAGUAACAAAUCAACAGAAAGAUUUAGAUGUGGGAACUGCCUGACCAUUUACUGUAACUCAGAAGCACUUGAGGCUCACCUUGCACAAAAGAAAUGUCAGACGCUCUUUGGAUUCGAUUCAGAUGAUGAAAGUGCCUGAUUAAAUGUUGUGGGAAGAUGCAUCAAUUGAGGAGUGGUGUGAGAGAACACUACAUGAAGAAGCAUCAGUUUGCUGUUUCCCAGAUGGCCUUAAUCAUAAAGCAGACUUCAGUUACUAAAGAAAAACGUGACCUUGAUACAAGACAAAGCACAUUUUCUAGACAGAACUCAGAGGAAUAGUAGGAGCUGUGCAGGUUUUGAAUCCAGAAAGGUUGCUCUACAAAGUCCCCAAAGUACCAGUUAUCUAGAAAGCCCCAUGAAUUCCCAGAUCAAACAACAGUACCAUCUAGUGUGUCUGGCAUGAGUACUUAAGAAAACACUGCUGUAAAAUGUGCCACUGGUUUAAAAGUUGUAAUAAGAGGAAACCUUUCCUCUCCGUGCUCUCAAUUUGUUUUUAAUGAAAACUCUUGGAGGUCAUUUAAACUUGUGUUUAGAAUUCAAAAGGAAGAGAGUAGGGAAAAUUUUCAAUAGCCAAAAUGUUCAUGUAUAGAACAUAAGGAAAUUUUCAUCAACAGUUUGAUAUUGGAAAUAUCAGCUGAACAAAAACACAGUUCAGAUGUGUUUUAAAGCCCAAAGUACAUGGUGAAACUGCACAUAUUGACUUUUUGGAAAUGUUAAAUAAGUCCAUUACAAACACCGAGGGUGCAUCUACACUGCGCUGUAGGUCAAAAUAAGAUAGGCAAAUUGCAUAUCUUCUUCAAUGUUAUUUCAAAAUAGCUUAUUUCGAAAAUUGGUGUGGUCUACACAGCACUUAUUUUGAACUAAAACACUAUUCCAAAACAUCCCUUAUACCUCAUGGAAUGAGGUUUACAGGGACAUUGGAAUAGCGAGCCUGUUAUAUUUUGAAAUAACAGGCGUGCUCUGUAGAUGUGGAAUAACUAUUUUGGGAUAGCUCCGGUAUCCUAAUAUAGUGCUGCAGUGUGGAGGUAGCCUGAGAGAUUUAUUACAAGUAAUAUGUCUAAAACAGCUGGUCAUAGUAAUGCAUCAAAAUCAAGGCUAAAAAAUAAAUGUGUAGAGUGAAGAAAUUUGAGCUGGAGUAUAGAACUAAAAUAAUACCCAAACAUAAAAGUCCUUCAAUUCGUAGUAUCACAGUGAUGGAGCAUCGAGGGCAAAUCUACACUACAAAAUUAGGUUAAUUUGUUUAAUUUGACUUUGAGCAUCUGAUUUAAUAAAUGCAAUUUUGCAUGCCCCCACUAGGUCUCUUUGGCUGACAGAGCACAUCAUCACUGCCCGGGGGUUGCAUUGACUCAAGGAGUGAUGCACUGGGGGUAGCUAUUCCACAGUCCCUGCAGAAAAUUGGAAUUCUGGGCUAAGGUCUCAAUGCUUCAUGGGAUAAAAACAUAGCUGUGGGUGGUUAUAUAGGUACAUGUCAUCAGAACUGUCUGUGGCUGAGAAUCAGCCUUGUCCUGUUAUGCUUGUCUAAGCUCCUUUAUUGUUAUGUGGCAUUGCUGUGUGUUCCAGGUGUAGCCCUUAUACACCACCACACCCUGUGCGAUUUUAGCAUAGAUACCAGAAUUUCUUUUCUGGUUUGGAGCUCUUCCCUUCUUUCCCCUUUCCCCAGUAGUCAGAUCCACUGUCUCCUGAACUCUCUGUGCUGCAGGCAUUUGUGACCCUGGGCAUACAUACUCACCUGUGCUGGUGAGCUCUAUAUGCUGCUCCAGUGGGAAAGUAACAUUCAGAAGUUCCUGGGACUACUUCUGCUCACUUGGCUGAAGAGCACUGGAGUUCAAAGUGCUUGCCAGAUCAGCGGAGCCCUCUGGAUCAUCACCUGGAGGCCAGAAAUUGAAUUACAAUAUGCAGUGUUUCCAUUGCCCUUAAUUUGAAGAGUGAAUGUAGCCUCAGGCUAUGUCUUCACUAAGCAAAGAUCGAUUCUGCCACGAUCUAUUCAGGAGUUGGAUUUAGUGGGUCUAACGGCUAAAUCAAACUCCAAAUGCAUCCCUAUUGGCACCUGUACUCCUGCUUUUUGCAAGGAGUAAGAGAAGCCAAAGGGAGCAUUUUCUCCUGUCACCUCUCGCUGUGGAGACAGCGGGAAAAUUUAUCUUAAGGUAAGUUGACUCCAGCUAUGUAAUUACCCAACUCCAGAUAUGUUAUCUUAAUUCAGCCUUCCCCUUGAGUAAAACCUGAACCCAGGUCUACACUAUACUCCUUCAGGUGGAGUACUUGGGUCAAUUUUAACAGCCCUUUAGGUCGAUGGGAGGGACUGGGUAGUGUGCACACACUUGUUACAAAUGUAACCUAAAGUUGAACAUGUGGACCUAAGUUUGUAGUAUAGACCAGCCCUGAGUUUUGAUUUACCAAGUAAUGCUCUGUCAUGUAGAGAAGGGGUAGGGAAAAUCUAACUGAUCAGCCUUAAACAGUAUAACAGUGAGUAGGAGUCUCUCUGAGAACUUUGUUAAUAAAAAAAAGCAAUAUAACCUUGGGCCAACAAUUGGCUGCUGAUAAAAAUGACAUCCAGAAUGAAUCUGUAAGGCUGGAAAAUUUCCACAUGUUGCCUGUGUCUAAUAGACCUAAAGACACAAAACAAACAGGCAUUCUUGAGUUUUCAUCAAAGGAGAUAUUGCAAAUGCUCAGAUUUUCAACCUCAUUGAUAAAUUGCCCACUAACAGUGCUGCUUCUUUUUUAGAUUACACUAAAUUCAUUUCAGACCCUGCUUGUUGCUGUUAGCUAGAUGGCUGGGUACGGAGUGGUGGAAGCUAUCAUUGAUGAAAAUAGUGGGCGUCAGUCAAACUUUCACAGUAAUGUAGGACAACACAAGGGCUUUCCCAGCUCAAUUAGUUUGCUCAUUGAAUGAUUCAUCACAAUAUAUUUACAGUAUAGUAAGGCAGCCAGCUCACUUACUCAGCAGAUUACCUAAGAAUUGCUAACAAUAAAAAUAUGGAUACGAGAUCUGUUUGUUGUAGCUACAGCUUACAUUUGCAAACAAGGGUUUCAUUGUAAAGUAGGUUGUUAAAUAUUUCUGGCACUUAAAACACUAUAAUUGAAAAAGGACUCUGCUAGCAAUCCCUUGCGAAAUCAAAUAGAUGUUCGUGUAACUUCUCCCUCCAUUUUCCUUUGCUUGGAGGAAA